UUGUCCUUUAUAACACACAUACCUUGCUUUUUUCUAUUCAGGAUAAAUUCUGAGAUAUCAGCUUAUUAGACUGUUAAGUAACUGUUGCUUAUCUUGGGAAAUCUGCCUCACACAGACACUUUCCUCUCUGAGUUAUUGACAUGUCUCCCAUUAUUGUGCUGAGAGUCCCACUGGUCAGAGUGUGGGAACCCCAGCCCUGCCUCAGCCACAUGGCUUUGUUAUGUUAAUCUCUCAGUAUAAAAUGAGGAGCAGCUCCCUCAGCAACAUUAGAGCUAACAGUACUGCCAACAAGAGACAGCUCACUCCACCUGCAAGACAUGGCUCCCUGCUCUGCCAACUACUCUUCUGUUCCUCUCAUCAAGAUCUCUGAGAGAGAAAAUAUCAAAGUGAGUACUACAGAGGGCACAAAUGUCUGAUUGUUUCUUGUGGAUUUUAAUCAUAUAACCUACCUUUCUCUUCUGCCUCAGUUAAGAAAACCUGUGGUGGAAAAAAUGCGCAGAGAUCGCAUCAACAGCUGUAUUGAGCAACUCAAGAUUAUUCUGGAGAAAGAGUUCCACAAGCGGGAGCCCAACUCAAAGCUGGAGAAAGCUGAUAUCUUAGAGAUGACUGUGAGCUUCCUAAGGCAGCAGCUGCAGCCAGGUCUCUGUCGGAACAACCAUAACCAAGGCCACUCCUCCUGCUGGAGGGACACUGUGCACUACCUUACAGCUGGAUCCAACACAGAGGCCCCUGCCACUCCUUUACAGACCCGACAGCAGCUCCAUCACAACCAGAGAACCAGCACCCCCUUCUCAGUCUGCCACACAUCCAAGCCCAUGACCUUGCAGGAUAGCAACAGCAGCAGAGGCCCCAUGUGGAGGCCUUGGUAGAAAUCCUGUCAGUCAGAACUGAGGGGAUGCAACGUCUCCCUCACUUCGUAGGAAAGAUAUUUCCAGCCUUCCCCUUGAUGGUGUUUUUUUUUAUUGUCUCAUCACAUUGAUGGACAAGUAGUAAAGGCGAAGCUCUCACUUAUUUGAAGAUUGUCUUGCUUUGACUUCAAUCCACUCUUGAUUUUUAUGUUGAACUGAUCAUAUCUUGUGAAAUAUCUGUUCACUCCAGUGGAGUUUGUCUUUGGACUGCUUGAUGUAACAGUAUUUUCCAUACUGUGUUAUAUUGAAAGAAGCUGUUGAGAAUAUUUCUCUGUGUUUUGAUUAAACUAAACCAAAUUUUGCAUUAUGAUGAUAAUGAUAAUGAUGAUAAUGAUACCUGUGUGUGUGUGUGUGUGUGUGUGUGUGUGUGUGUGUGUGUGUGUGUGUGUGUGUGUGUAUGAAUGAAUGUAUGUGUGUGUGUGUGUGUGUUUAAAUGGGUGAGCGUGGAACAAGUUUUAAUAAAAUGGUGGCAAUCCUGUUUGUCUUUCCCACCUAGGCUCUUAAAACUCUUUGUGACUAUUUUCUUGUAUGACAAUUAACAAUAAAGAGAUGCAAUUAUCAAAAAGCAUUUACAAAAUUUAUUAUUCCAAAAACAAGUUAAAAAUGUAUCAAUUGUAAGUGUAUUUUCAUAUGUGUAUGUGUGCAUGCAUGAGAGAUUUUAUACACUUUAUUUUAUUAUUAUAUGGUAUUAGUGCGCAUAGUAAAAUGUAAGCAUGUCGUAUACAUUUGAACCUUACUUCAACACAGUAUAAACUGAUUUGAAUGCAUUUAACUAUACUCAUCAUACACGUAUCAGCUUUACUUGUGAGGAAUUGAGUUUAUGCAGCAGUUGGGGUUCCUGUGUUCCUCCUCUCUGUGUAUGUUCUCCCUCUCUCUCUCUCUCUCUCUCUCUCUCUCUGCAGCGCUGGAGGCACGGCGGGAGGCAGGGCUGGCCCGGACUGAUUGCACACACCUGAUUCUCGUUGGUGUAAUUUACCUGGCUUUAUAUGCCGGCUCCUCUGUCGGCUCUGUGCCGGAUUAUUACCCAGUCAUGCAACAUGUGUCUUGCCACUCCGUGCUCCCUGUUCUCCUGCCCGUGUAUACAGCCUGCCUCUCUGUGUUUGUUUGUGAGUUUUUUUGUUACUUUCAAAGAUUUUUCCCUUGAGCAAAGGUGAUUUUGUGUUCAUGCUUUUUCCCUCCAGUUGAGGAGAUUUUUGGUUAACAUUUUCUGUUGCACUUUGUCUUUUUAUACUCCCUCAUUUGUUACUUGCCCCACGUGGCACUAUCAUUUGAACUUUGUUUUCAUCUGCUAUUUGCCUUGCUGCAGUGACUUUUUUCUGACUCUGUUUUGCGUUUUUCAGUGGCAGUCCGAGCCAACCGUGCCUUUUCCUGGAAACUGCGAUUUUCUGUUGUUCACUUUGUUUUGUUGUUUAUUGUCAAUAAAUUUGGGCAUUUGCCUCUGCAUUUUUGGAUCCUGGCCUUUGUUCGAUUCCUAACAUUACAGUUAUCUGCUGACAUCUUCUUUCCUCAUUAAGAGUGGCUGUGAUUGGGUGGGUCAUCUCCCAAGUGAAGUUGAGUUUGCAACUCAAUCCCAGCUCCCAUAUUCUUAUACCACAGUGUCUCUGGGCAAGACCCUAAAUCUCAAAUUGCUCCUGAUGACAAAGAUACUGACAAUUGCAUAUUGUGACAUCCACUGCCAAUGACGUAUGAACAAGUAAAUGUGAUAAAUUGUGUAAAGGUGCUUUGAAAUUCAGGGAAAAGAUGUCUGCAUCCUUUUAAUUGGUGGAAUUGGAAUCUGGAUUUCUCAAACAAAAGGCUGUAUAUUUUUUGGGAGUUCGUUUUCUUUAAUUUUCUGCAUAAAGACACGUCCUAUCUUUUUUAUUUCGCCAUAACAUCUUUUUAAACCAGAGUCACUGAGAAAUUUUUAAUACAAUGACACAAUGUCACGGCUAGGCUCUGUUAAACCUAUUAUUCUAAAGUAAUUAAAGACUGACUUGGUGAAGCUAAUUGAUAAUAGAAGAUCAAGUAAGACUGACAGAUUUUCACUGCUACCCAGGCAUGUGUAAAGGUAUUCAUAUAAUGUUACAUUAAUGGUCUGCUUGGUAUUAUAGGGCCUACUAGGGGAUCUUGGGCAAAACCUGACAAAUAUUAACCCUAACUGUGUCAAACCCGCAGCAAAGUGGUUCAAAUUAUACAUAUUUUUUAAAUAAAACAUAGUAGUAAAUAUUGUACCACUAAAUGUGAUGGAUAAAAAAUCUUGUCAAACAAAACUCUUGAGUCCCCUCACAGCAGCUCACUCUGGUCCUUGGUGCAGUGACAAUAAAACUUCUGCUUGUUCACCCAUGGCACACUUCCAGUGGCGGCUGGUGAGAAAAAUAGUAGGUGGGGCGGAAAGCUUGGAGACCAGAGCCCUGUUGGGGGGUCUGGGGGUAUCCUCCCCUGGGAGAUUUUUUUGGCUCUCACAUGUAAAUUAAGCAUUCUGGUGCAUUCUGAGAAAAUAAUUAAGUAAACAUACAAUCUUGACCUACAAAGACAAAUUGUGUGGGGAAACUGUAUUUCAACUUAUUAACAGGGAAUUGUAGCUGACACACAGCCGACUUACAUUCAGUGUGAACCUACAAUAUAGAAACUGACAGUAGCGUACUCGUGUGCAUUCAACUGCAUUUCAACAGGUUGGCUACAGCAAAGGGGCACACAAAGACAACAGCAGAGAAAAGAUCAGAGCAGAUCCACAUUUACAACAAAUCAGGCUGCACAUCUAUAUGAUCAGCCACAAGAAAACAACUCAAACACUUGCCUCAAAUACAUAAAAAUUUUUUUAUAUUUGAUAUUUCAGGGGAACUGAAUUGAAACAGGGUGAACAAAUACAGGGUUCCCAUUCUUUUCUAUAAAACAUUUUUCAGGACUUUUCAUGGAUGUUUUUGUAGCGAUUUGAAUUUUGAAUAAAUGUCUGAAGAGUAAUAAUCUUCAAUUAUGACAUUUAUGCACUUGUUGAAGGGGCACCACCCACCUUUAAUGGUGGGAAAAUAAAGAAAAACAAAAGUUUAAUUCAGAAAUCAAACAUCAAGUCAAUCUUUAAUUAAUCAAUCUCAUAUCUUAAGCUGAAAUUCUCAUUUCAGGGACUCCACUUCAGGAAGAACACUAACAGACAAGAACUUAAAAAGAAUGAUCUGUUUAUAACAGGAUAAAUGAUGGUACGACAUACAAUAAAUUAUUGGAUAAUGAGGAUAAAUAAUAAUAGGUGAUUAAAUAAAAGAUUCUGAGUCGGGCUAGGCGCACUAAAGUUAAUGAUAGUGAGUGAAUAUGCUCUAACAUAUUAACCCACACUAACUUUGGUGUCAAGAUAAAUUUGGAUGUGGAUUUGGAUGAAUGAGAAUGCUUCAAAGGAAACAGAAGAAAGAGCUGUAUGGGAUGACGACUCUGAUGAAAGUGAUAGUGAUGCGUAAUAUACGCACCAUGUCACCAUGUACAAUUUGUUUUGUGUAAAGGAUUGCUACACCGAGAUUUGAGAUUUUUAUUUAUUUUAUAUUUGUUCUACAUUUGUCUGCGUUUGUGUUUUGAUCUUUAUUUUCAUAUUCUGGAGGGAUUGAUAAAUGUCAGAUGUUUUGACACUGUGAUACUUGAAUAAAUGUUUUAUACCAUAUUUUGAAUUAAUUCAGACCUUUCGUGCAUUUAUUUUUAUAUUGUUACAUUUUUUCCAUUAUUCCAAUUUUGGGGGGUGUGGUAGCAAUUUGAUUGACUUUCAGCCAUUUAUGGCCAUGAUGUGCUGUUUAUAUUUUAUUGCUUUUAUUACACAGUAGGUUGUGUCAUUUUUAUGUAUGAAACAUAAGCUUUUAGCUAAAUUUACUGUAUAUAUUUCAUUGUGCUGGGUGCAAAUCACUUGAGUUGAGACGUUUUCUUCAAGAAAUUUGCUACAUUUCAUAAUCUGAAUUCACUUAUGCGUAUACUAAGGCACCAAUAACUGUUUCAGAUGUUAGGUUGAUGUAUUUAGGACAUUUGAGAAAGAUUUUGUCUUGCCAGAAUCAACAUAGCAGUUUCUACAAGCAAAAACAGCAGCACCAUAUAAUUGUUUUUUUGGGUUACUCACAUAUGUGUACAUUUCUGACUGGUCCUUUGUCUCACCCUGUAGAGAAAGCCACUUUCUAAUACUAGUUCUGUAAGUUUCCCAACAUGUCCUUGUAAAGUCGAGAACGUCUUCACGCUGGACAGAUGAUAGAUGCGUGAUAUAGCAUCAUUUCGUUCCUUUUUUAUGUACUUUUGAAGGCUGUUUUCUUUUUUCUUUUUCUUUUCUUCCUCUUCGCUUCUCUCGCUGCUAGAUGCGCUCGUCGCCAUGUUUGUGUAUUUCUGAUACUAUGGCAACGAGACUCGGCUCCUAUUGGGCCACGUGACAAAAAAUCGCUUCACCCCUCUGCAUAUUUGAUUGCGCGUGUGCAAGUAUCACUACGCAGCAGAAAUGAAAUAGUUCGACACCGAAACACUGAUUACUAAAAAUUGAACGGAUGGCAUGAGUAGAUAUUUUUUUUUAGUACUUACUAUCAAUAGAGCUAUUUUAUGAAUCACAGUUUAUUUUGCCCCACUGAAGUGGAACGUACCAACACGAUCUCCCUCAGCCAAUACAGCCUAUUGGAGAACAGGGCUCUCAAGUUUUGAACUAAGCUUAGAGUGAGAUUUCCUUGGGGGGGGGGGGGGGGUGAUUGAAGAUAAUUAUUAGUAUAAUUAUCUCUUAAAUACAACGGAGUAUAAGGGGCACAAUUAGAAAAAAAACAGAAUAAAGUCAUUAAUAUCAGUAUUAAGUCGUAAAGUUACCUGUUGUGAAGGAGAGUUGUUAAAAUCAGCACUGUGGAGCAUUUAGAUGAAUUGUACUUUAGUAUAGGUUUCACAAACAUGGAGAUACUUAAUCCUUUGGUACAUGAGCAUUACACUGUCAUGAGUAUCAGAACUUGUAUUUCAGAUAUAUGAGAAAUGCUGCUUUUGUGGAGGGGAAAAUAGCUGGAAAUGGCUGUACAGAGGCUAAAUCCGUCAAUAAAGCUGUUAAUAGCAAUAGCAUAGGGCUUUAGUUUAUCAUAUGAGUUAUAUGCCAUGAGGUGUUGAGGUCUCUGCAUGUGUAGGUUACUGACUUACUGUAAUCAUCGGGUCUAUCUCGUCCUUAUAAAAACCUGCUCUAUUACGGCGAGUGUCUGUCUUCUUCUGUAGUCAAACCAUAAGAUAUCAAAAUCUACCCGGAUACAGCAAUGCUGCUUUUUUAUUGGCUGUUCAGUAGAUAUACUUUAUUUGAUUGGCUUGCGCUUGGUACGCAGCUUCUGAACUCUCGGGGGAACUCAGUUGAUUCCUAUCUGUUCCAUAGUUAAAGAGGUGCAACUUGGUGGACAUCACCAUGUUCAUUUAAAUGCGUGAGAAAUACAAUGUGUGGCGUGUGAGCGUGUGAACGAGUAGGAAUGCGUGUGUCACACGCUGAAUGCGUGAGACUUGAAAGCCCUGUAAGUAACUUUAGCUCGUAAGCUAACCUGUUCAGAUACAACAUACCAUAUGUAUUUUCACUGUCUCAAACUCCAUUAGAAUUGCUGUCACAGCACCAUUAGGUCUCAGCUGUUACCAUAAGUUUAUGGAUUAUAGUUUAAUGUGCUUCUCUGGUACUGGCCCCGACUCAGUACAUGCUAUCAUGACAGACAGCCAUUUCAACACUAGUGUCUAAUCAGAACUGAAAACAGUCAGUCUGCUGUUGUGUCAGUCUUCUCACUUCCACCCAGGACGCAUCUUUUUCCACCUGUAAAGUUGCAAAAUCGCAUGGGGAUUGAUGUGUAUAGUCAGGCGCAUCAAAGUUCGCCUCCGAAUAUUUUGUAAUUUCGCGUUCUAUAUUCAUGCCGGCUGCCGGUGUGUAAGGACCUUAAGACCUCAAUAUGAAGAGGUUGUUCACACUGCUGGAUACUUCUCUGAAGCUGCUCUCUGCCUCCAUCAUUGUUUACUCACGAAGCACGUAGCAAGAUCUGAGCAUGAAUUCGAAUGCUUUAUUCGCCUAUCAGAGGCAGACAGGUAUGAGGAUUUGAUUCACCACGACUCCAGAAAUGAUUGAAAAGCUACAGAAUAUAACAAAAUGAUGUAUCCGUGCUCCCACUUAAAGGGUAGAAAUGCUCAGCCGCUCUCCCAGCUUGAAAAGUUGAAAUGUGUACAUGCUGUCCCGGUUUAAAUGGGUUAAAAGUUAUUGAUUUCUAACAUUGUGGCAUGAACAUUGUCUGUUAGCUUUCUUUUUAGUCUGGCUUUUAUGUAGUGUCUCACAUUUGCUGUUUCAUAUCCUGUCAGCCAUGACUUGCGCUCGAACCAACUCCUGCAAAAACUCAGGUUUUAGGAUUUAUUUUUCUCCUUGGUCUGCUGGCUAAUGACAAGGUUGGGCUUGUCCGGUCAAAGCUUCUUCACUCGAAUUUUCUCCUCCGUUGUCCAUCUAGCAAAUGGAUAGACCAAUAAGGAUCGCACCGAAUUCAGUUGAAGCUGCUCCUCGCUUGUUAAAUUCGCCAUCACCGUCACCACUGUGCUAGCUUAAUUGGAUGCGCACACAGGCUCCUCUUCCUCCUUAACCCGCCCCUAAAAAUCUUGCGACACUUCUGGCUGCAAGGGGCGAUAUUUUCAGCGCCCCAAUACCAUAAAUUUCUGCUAUGCUGAUUAUAUUGUAUAUAUAUUUAUUAAUUUUACCUGGCAACUGGACACAAUUGGUUAUUUCGUCGCAAUGCUGGGACGAUCUGACCAAGCACCCCAUGAAAGAAUCCAUUCGAGUCUGUCAGUAGACCUUCAAUGGUAAACGAAUAAUAGCAGGUGGGAAAUUUAGUUUAAAUGAUUAGUACUGCAAGGCGCCCCACAAUAGUUGGCAAAAACAUCUUUAUUGUAAAAAUCUAUUUUUAGAAACCUUUUUUCCCCUCAUUUUUUUAGGGAGGGCGGCGCCCCAGCGCCCCUAUGGGCCAGAAGCCACUGCACACUUCUAUUGUUGACCAAAGGACUGACCUCCCAACUAGACCUUUUCAUCUCAGCUGUAAAAUAACAGCCAGCAGCAUCAGUGCGUGCGUGCGUGCGUGCGUGUGUGCUUAUACUCUCAUGACAGGACAAUUGUGCAUCUAUUUUACAUUCAGUGACAUGUGCCAUUGUUCUGUGAUAUAAAAACUUUUAUUCUGUAACUUGAUGCCACCUUAAUUUUUAUUUUUUAGAUUAUUGAAAAUAUGAUCUAGUUUGUUCUGUGAGUCCAAGAUAUCAUUACCAUUAUCAUGUGCCACAUGUCAUGUAAUAAUAAGUAAAAGAGACAAAACAGUUUGCCUGUACUACAACACAUCAAAGAUUUAAUGUUACAGAAAGCACGUGUUUUGAGUUUUAUGUAUUUUGCAACAACUGAAACCGUCUAAGACAUAUAAACUAACCUCUCAACCAUUUUGGUCCGUUAAACCUUCUGUAUAUUUCCCUUAGUACAAAUGUAACUUUAACCCACAGCAAGUGUCACAGUCCUUCCUGCUACAGCUUUAAGAAAGCCCUGAAGGUUUAGUUCUUAAUAAGGAGUAGUAGUCUGUCUUUAUUGUUUGCUCAUGGUGUACAUUUGAAUACAGUUCUGGAAGUGAGCUGUGGUGUUCAUCUGUGGCUUAAUUAAAAUGAUAUACAUUUUAGGCAGGAAGUAGCCCCCAAAAAAGGCCAGGACACUGAAGAGUAUGGCGAACACCUGUGCAGCCAUGGUGAAUGGGCCUCGGCUGAUGAGGUAGACAGUGAAGAAGCUCAUCCAGGAGAUCAUGUAUACCAUAAGGCUGAAUGUGACACACUUCGCCUCAUUGUAGUUGGCUGGAAGGUCCUUGCCCAUGUAACUGAAAGAGAAGCAGAGGAUGCUGAGCAGUGACAUAUAUGCAAGCUCAAGGCCUGAACCAGGUGAAAGGGUGUUACUACACUCCAACACAAUGCUAUCCUCAUAGAAGUCAAGGUCCUGGUCGGGACGGGGAAGGUUAAUAGACACACGGACCACCGAAAUAAACAAGACAGUGAUGGAGACUAAGAAAAUUGUCAACUCUGGUCCGUGUUUCUUGGCCCACUUGUCAUAGGCUGGUGGCAGCUUGGAUGCAAAUUUGAAAAUGCAGACGACCUGAAGGGAGCGCACAGUGAUGCAGGCCAGACACACAGUGAAGCUGACAACAAAUAGAGGCUGCUUGAGGACGCAGGCCAGAGAAGAUGGCUGGCCAAAAUGACACAAAGAGCUCAUGGCAGCAGCAG